CAUUGCUAUUCAUAUUGGAGAACAGGAUACCAUCGGGAUAUAUAUGACAUAUCACGACCACCAAAUACCCAUUAUUAUUUUCUACGUGGAGAGUAUUCGAACAGUAUGGCAGAACAGGAGAACCUUGACGUUUCGAUGGAGGAUGUAUUUGACUUCGACAAUGCAGCGCUUCCCGAGGAGUAUGCUAGACAAUAUAACCUCCUUGCUGGAUAUCCGGGCGGUGGAAUACAGCAGGCCUUUCAUAGUUCGCGACAACCUGAGGGAGGAACUGGUGUAGACGGCAGACACCAUGCACUCAUCUCAGAGGGAAACAGGACGACUGUUCCUGCAGCACAAGAUUCCCGUGGUAUGAAUCCAGUCAUUUCCCAUGUUGGCGCUCACCCCAAUCGUCCGGUUUUUGCCCUUCCGGACGGAUUUCCAAUCCUCACUUGGCCAUUGAGUCCUCCAAUUCACGGGCAACCUCACCAAGUCUAUCAGUGGCGUCCCGAGCAGAUUCCCAACCUUCCUCUAUCCCCCUAUGGGUCGUCCAGGACGGGACACCGAUUACCGCAACUCCAGAUUCAGCGAUAUGUUGCCAACAGGAACAUGAUCGCUGGUUUUCACCGGGCUUUGUGGAAGCUUCAACCUCCAGGCUCAAUCUACUGUGCGGCGGAGCUAGAGGGGACAUCAAUCACGGUGCACGACCUGGCCAGCCAGCUGACUUCGCUGCUUCCCUCGAGAUACGUUGCAGUCCAGAAUGUCCCUUUCAGCCCAUCUUCAUAUAUGGAGGUCCGCCAGUAUGUUCACCCAGUAGACUUCAACCGAAGGAGUCUUCUGGAUGGGUUUAUGGGUAGCAACCAAGAUAGUGUCUUUUUUGCUUGCACAGUUGUUGAGCUAGGGGAUUAUCGAUCUGUCGCCAUGGGUCGCAUCGAGAAGGGGUCACGAUAUCCAUUGUUUCGACCGCGGGAGGGGUUUUUAUACUUCCAGAUUCGUGAUCUGGCAGUCCUUCCAGGACGAUCGCCUGGAGUCGGAGGAUGGGUCAUCGCAUCUUUGUUAUUUGCCGUUGUUCAGUUCGUCCCCAGAGGCGCGAUGUUUGAAGUAGUCAUGGUUGUUCCUGAGGCUCUGAAGAGUUGGUGCGAGAGACUGCCCGGGAUGCACCGAGACGAGAGCCAUCCAGACUAUCCUAUUUUCAAUGUACGCGGACGGAAGCUAUAGAGUGACGUGAGUCUGAACCCGAGGACUAUGGCUGCAGGAUAGGUGUUUGCCAUCGAAAAGGACGUCGGAGACACGGACAACAUCUGGGACGCAAAAUCAAGUCGUGUGCACUCAUAUUGACAGUCUCAACAGGCAUACCCUAAGCUGGUUACCACCGGCAAGAGACAACCUGCGGGACCGCUCGGCCGUGUUCAGCUCAAGUGCAAGAUCAGAGUCAAUAAUACGUUAAUUACUCGGGAGAACAGAAAAAAUGAAAUGGUUAAUCAUAAAGCGAAUACUCA